AUGGGAUCCUCAACUGCGAGUUUGCGAGCUCUCAUCCCAUCAGGAUCAGUUGGAGUCUUGGAUCAUGUGGAGAGGAGUGAAAAUGUAAUGUCUAGAAGUAUUCUUUUUCCAGUUGGGGGAUUGGUUGCAUGUGCUGGUUCUGGCUCACCAAACUCAAAUGGAAGCCAAUUCUUCGUGACAUUGGAUCGUUGUGAUUGGCUUGACAAGAAGCAUACAAUUUUUGGAAAAGUAACUGGAGAUUCAAUAUAUAAUCUCUUAAGGCUAGGUGAGGUAGAGACCGAUAAGGAUGACCGGCCAUUGGAUCCGCCAAAAAUAUUAUCAGUUGAGGUAUUAUGGAAUCCAUUUGAUGAUAUUGUACCAAGAGUAGCACGUGCAAAGUCCUUGCCUUCAACGGCAGAUGGUGGAAAGAGAGAUACAAAGCAGAAAGCAACUAAAAAAUUGAACUUGCUGUCAUUUGGAGAAGAAGCUGAAGAAGAGGAGAAGGAACUGGCAGUUGUCAAUACAAAGAUUAAGAGCAGUCAUGACGUGUUGGACGAUCCCCGCCUCCUAAAGGAUGAAAAUCAGGAUAAUAAUUUGAAUUCAGCCAAUGCAUCAAUAAAAAGGGAUGUGCAAUUAACUAUACUGAGAAAACGCACGGAGCUUGGAGAUUUGCCUACCAAGCAACAAUUGCACAGUGAGCAUGGAAGAUCAGGUGAUCGUGCAGCAUCUCCACUAAGGUCAGAUGGCGAAAAUCACGAUGAACGACCAAAAGUGGAUAAGUUGUUCUUGAAGAAAAAGGGAAUAGGCUCAGAAGCCAGGGCUGAACGCAUGGCUAAUGCAGAUGCAGACUUACAGUUGCUGGGGGAUGCAGAACGAGAAAGACGGCUGCAAAAGCAGAAGAGGCGCAGGCGUCAAGGACAGGAAGAUGAAGUGCUAGCAAAACUUGAGAAAUUUAAAUCUGUAUUUUCUGCCAAAUCCAAUGGCUCUGAUGGUGAACCUGUGCGUAAGAAGGACGAAAACUUGUCUGAUUGGAUGGGAGUCGGACUAAAGUUUACUCCUGAGGCUGGCAAGGAUAACAUGUCUCGAAGUGAUGACCCGAACGACUAUGUGGUGCAUGACCCACUUUUGGAGAAAGGAAAAGAGAAAUUCAACAAAAUGCAGGCCAGGCAAAAACGACGAGAACGAGAAUGGGCUGGGAAAUCUCUCACUUGA